UGGUUCUAGGAGAGGCCCCGGCUCGCCGAGGGAGACUCGAGCUGGUCGGGAGGGCACGGCCUGUCGGGCCCCAGGGUCCCGAGGGGGAGGGGCGCCUGGGGGUGCAGGAAGCAAAUUGGCUGCCCGGGGUGCAGGAGGGACAGGUGGUGCGGGCUGUCCAGGAAACAUUCCUAGACGAGAAGGGGUCCCAGGAGGGAGAGAGACCCCUUGAGGGGCACAGGAUCCGGAGGCGCCGGCGGCGGAGGAGGUGGUAACCCCACAGGCUGGCAGCCCAGCACCAGGAUCCCUCCAGGGCUGAAGCGAACGCAAGAUGUUGGGGUUUGGAGAGUGGGGAGCAGAAGAGCACUGACAGCGGCUGUGUCCUGCUGGAUCCUCUUCUGCCACCCCAGCCUGGACAUAAUCGAAGCUGUGUCUGCAGAAAGACAGCAGAAGGGGAGGAAGGAAGCGGUGCCGUUUUCAACAGCGAAGCGAGACUUCCCCCAGUGCUGUAUAUGCCAACUAGAGUGAUGGGGCAUUUCCUUAGAGUCUAGACUGGAGCCUCCUCCCCAGACCAGUGUGACGUCAGACCUGGGCUGACCUGAAGGUGUGGGGUUGCCUGCAGUUCUCUCUGGGAGGAGGUCUUGAGGGGAACCAGUCUGGCCUUGGUCCAGAAGCUUGGGUCCUGCUCACAAAGGAGGCUGGGGAGCAGCAGUAUGCAGCCGGAGGAAGGCACAGGCUGGCUGCUGGAGCUGCUCUCUGAGGUGCAGUUGCAGCAGUACUUCCUACGGCUCCGAGACGACCUCAAUGUUACCCGCCUGUCCCACUUUGAGUAUGUCAAGAAUGAAGACCUGGAGAAGAUUGGCAUGGGCCGGCCUGGCCAGCGGCGGCUGUGGGAGGCUGUGAAGAGGAGAAAGGCCAUGUGCAAGCGGAAGUCCUGGAUGAGCAAGGUGUUCAGUGGAAAGCGGCUGGAGGUUGAGUUCCCCCCCCAUCACUCUCAGAGCACCUUCCGGAAGACCUCGCCCACCCCUGGUGGCCCAGCAGGGGAAGGGCCCCUGCAGAGCCUCACCUGCCUCAUUGGGGAAAAGGACCUACAUCUCUUUGAGAAGCUCGGAGAUGGCUCCUUUGGCGUGGUGCGCAGGGGCGAGUGGGAUGCCCCCUCGGGGAAAACGGUGAACGUGGCUGUGAAGUGCCUGAAGCCAGAUGUGCUGAGCCAGCCGGAGGCCAUGGACGACUUCAUCCGGGAGGUCAACGCCAUGCACUCGCUUGACCACCGGAACCUCAUUCGCCUCUACGGUGUGGUGCUCACGCCACCCAUGAAGAUGGUGACAGAGCUGGCGCCUUUGGGAUCGUUGUUGGACCGGCUUCGCAAGCACCAGGGCCACUUCCUUCUGGGUACUCUGAGCCGCUAUGCCGUGCAGGUGGCUGAGGGCAUGGGCUACCUGGAGUCCAAGCGCUUUAUUCAUCGUGACCUGGCUGCACGCAAUCUGCUGUUGGCCACCCGUGACCUGGUCAAGAUUGGGGACUUCGGGCUAAUGCGAGCACUACCCCAGAACGACGACCACUACGUUAUGCAGGAGCAUCGCAAGGUGCCCUUCGCCUGGUGUGCUCCUGAGAGCCUGAAGACACGCACCUUCUCCCAUGCCAGUGACACCUGGAUGUUUGGGGUGACACUGUGGGAGAUGUUCACCUACGGCCAGGAGCCCUGGAUUGGCCUUAAUGGCAGUCAGAUCCUGCAUAAGAUUGACAAGGAAGGGGAGCGUCUUCCCCGGCCCGAAGACUGCCCCCAGGACAUCUAUAAUGUCAUGGUACAGUGCUGGGCUCACAAACCAGAGGACAGACCCACCUUUGUGGCCCUGCGGGACUUCCUGCUGGAAGCCCAGCCCACCGACAUGCGGGCCCUUCAGGACUUUGAGGAACCAGAUAAGCUGCAUAUCCAGAUGAAUGAUGUCAUCACUGUCAUCGAAGGCAGGGCUGAAAAUUACUGGUGGCGUGGGCAGAACACACGGACGCUGUGUGUGGGGCCCUUUCCUCGAAAUGUGGUGACCUCUGUGGCUGGCCUGUCGGCCCAGGACAUCAGCCAGCCUCUGCAGAAUAGCUUCAUUCACACGGGGCACGGCGACAGUGACCCCCGCCACUGCUGGGGCUUCCCCGACAAGAUUGAUGAACUGUAUCUGGGAAAUCCCAUGGACCCUCCUGACCUGCUGAGCGUGGAACUGAGCACCUCCCGGCCCACCCAGCAUCUGGGAAGGGUGAAAAGGGAGCCUCCACCUCGCCCACCUCAACCUGCCAUCUUCACUCAGAAACCAACCUAUGACCCUGUGAGCGAGGACCAGGACCCCCUAUCCAGUGACUUCAAGAAGCUGGGCCUGAGGAAGCCAAGCCUGCCCCGUGGGUUGUGGCUGGCGAAGCCCUCGGCCCGGGUGUCCUGCACCAAGGCAGGCCGUGGUGGCAGUGGCAGUGAGGUCACACUCAUCGACUUCAGUGAGGAGCCCGUGGUCCCCUCCUCACGGCCCUGCGCACCCUCGCUGGCGCAGUUGGCCAUGGACGCCUGCUCCUUGUUGGACAAGACCCCACCACAGAGCCCCACGAGGGCGCUGCCCCGGCCCCUGCACCCCACGCCUGUGGUGGACUGGGAUGCAUGCCCACUGCCACCACCUCCCGCCUACGACGAUGUGGCCCAAGAUGAGGAUGACUUUGAGGUCUGCUCCAUCAACAGCUCCCUAGUGGGCGCAGGGGUCUCUCCUGGGCCCAGCCAGGGUGAGACCAAUUACGCCUUUGUGCCUGAGCAGGCGCGGCUCCUCCCUCCCCUGGAGGACAACUUGUUCCUCCCGCCCCAGGGUGGGAGCAAGCCCCCCAGCUCAGCCCAGACUGCAGAGAUCUUCCAGGCGCUGCAGCAAGAGUGCAUGCGGCAGCUGCAGGUCCCAGCUGGCUCACUGGCACCCUCGCCCAGUCCAGUGGGUGAUGACAAGCCCCAGGUGCCCCCUAGGGUGCCCAUUCCCCCAAGGCCCACACGCCCACGUGGUGAGCUGUCUCCGGUCCUCUCAGGCGAGGAAGAGAUGGGGCGGUGGCCUAGACCUGCCUCCCCUCCCAGGGUGCCUCCCCGGGAACCCCUGUCCCCUCAAGGGUCAAGGACCCCCAGCCCCCUGGUGCCACGUGGUAGCUCCCCGCUGCUACCCCGGCUCUCAAGUUCACCUGGGAAGACCAUGCCCACCACCCAGAGCUUUGCCUCAGACCCCAAGUAUGCCACACCACAGGUGAUCCAGGCACCUGGCCCACGGGCUGGUCCCUGCAUCCUGCCCAUCGUCCGAGAUGGCAAGAAGGUCAGCAGCACCCACUACUACCUGCUGCCUGAGCGCCCACCCUACCUGGACCGGUACCAGCGCUUCCUGAGGGAGGCACAGAACUCCGAAGAGCCGGCCCCCCUGCCUGUGCCCCUGCUGCCCCCACCCAGCACCCCAGCCCCUGCCGCCCCCACUGCCACUGUUCGACCCAUGCCCCAGGCUGCCCCAGACCCCAAGGCCAACUUCUCCACCAACAACAGCAACCCAGGGGUCCGGCCACCAUCUUUGAGGGCCGCUGCUCGGCUGUCACAGAGGGGCUGCCCUGGGGUCAGGCCAGAGGCUGGACGGCCAACAGAUAAGAUCCAGAUGCUGCAGGCCAUGGUGCAUGGGGUGACCACAGAGGAGUGCCAGGCGGCCCUGCAGAGCCACAGCUGGAACGUACAGAGGGCUGCCCAGUAUCUGAAGGUGGAGCAGCUCUUCGGGUUGGGGUUGCGGCCGAGAGGCGAGUGCCACAAAGUGCUGGAGAUGUUCGACUGGAACCUGGAGCAAGCCGGCUGCCACCUGUUGGGCUCCUGUGGCCCUGUCCACCACAAGCGCUGAGAUGUCUGGAGAGCCGGAGGUCUGCCCUGAAAGAAUCACUUGAGCCUCUCCAUCUGACCAGGUGGGAAGAUGCCCAUCCCAGGCCUGGAGGACCUGCCGCACCCGCCGUUCCUACUGGCAGAGCGAGGCCAAGGCAUCAGGAGGCCGGGAGCCCCGCCUUGCCUGUCCCUUCCUCACCCAGCACUGCCCCUGCAACUUCAGUUCGGCUCACAGUGCCCCAAGCCCGGGUGCAGGAAGUUGCCCCGAGAAGGCAGGCCUGGGGUGGCCUCAGCAGGCCCUGUGGCUGGCCUGCCUCUGGCUUCAUCCGCUCUGGUAGGGCCUGUGGCUGGAGUGUGCCCCCAAGUCCUUCUGACGGGAAAGCCAGGUUUGACCCUGGGCCAGGAGGAUGUGUUGGCUACACCACAAGGUGGACCAGCACAGGGCUGGCCCUUCUCCAGGGAGUCCCUGGCAGACAUUUGGGUGUCGGACAGAAUGUGACUUGUGGCCUCACCAUGGACACUGGUUUGGGACAUGGCUGGUCUUAAGAUCUUGUGCCUGGAAAUAGCCUGAGGUGGCUAAGGAAGCAGAGCGUUGGUGCCGGAUAGUUCUCUGGCUGGGACCAGGGCCCAAGGCCCCAGGGUUGGAGGGAGACCAGGGGGGUGGCUGCCCUGGAGAGAUCCUAGUGCUUCCUCUGACCCAGCUCUUCCCCUGUGCUGUUCCUUGUUUUCCCACCAGCCUCUGUCGCCAAAGUUGCUGCCCCAGCAAUGGAUAUUUGCUUCUUUCAGAGAAAUAAAAUUAGUUUCUAUUUUAUGUUA